UGAAACCCACGUUCCUACUUAACAGCUUAACUGUCUCAAUAACUGCUACCAUCUUCUCUCUGCCAUUAUCUUCUCCGGAAUCACUUUCUUCUUCGAUGUUCCAUAGCCCAAAAACUUUUCUAACGUAAGAAACCUUUUUUUUUUGUUCCAAUUGAACGGAAACCUAUCUUCCUCUGUUGAAAUUAUGAAAUGGGGUAGGAGAAAACCGCAUAAUCCUUCAUCUUCUUCCUCCACUUCUUCUUCUUCUUCCUCUAGGCCUUCUUUUAUGUCUAAUAUCUUGCCUGCUUCGUGGCUCUCAAAGCUCAAGCAAAAGAAAAGCAACCAAGAAGCCAGACCCAGAAAAGUAAAGGGAAUUGAGAAGAGAAAUUCUCCUUGCUUUCAAUCACCUGAUUUUGCAAAUCGGACCGACUCGCCAGAUCACGCAAAUGGGAAUCGCAGUCAAUUCUGUAGAGAUAAUGGUGAUUUUUGGAAGCUAUCCUUUGGAGAAGAUGAUUUUGAUGUCAGGAAGAGUGGAGGGAUUUUGAGGUCGGUGAGGUACAACUCAGAGGACGAGCAUGAGCUUCCACGUACAAGUUGUAGGAGCUGCAGAUCAAAAUGUACAGAAUUUGAAGGAAAGGAGGAGAUUCAGAAUUUGGAGGACAUGGUUUCGAGAAUGACAAGGAGAAGGAGGAGGAGAGAGGGUCCAACCCAAGAGAAGAUUUUGCGAAGGGAGAAUGAAAUUGAAUCAAGAACUCCGAGGAUCAGACACAGAGAAAAUGGCAACUUCAAGAAUUUGGGUAAAAAACUGGUGGAGAAGAAGGGGUUUAAACCACAGAGCGAGAUAGAUAAAGCAAAGGAGAGAGCAGGAAAAUCAGUGGGAAAGAAAAUGUUGGAGCUGCAAGAAGAAUCUGGAGUUCGGACAAGUGGGAGAGACAGAACCAAAUUGAAAAGUUCAAGGAAGCAUCAGUAUGUUCAAUCCACCAAGUCAAAAAGUUUCGGUUUAGGAACUAUAGAAGAAAACUGUGUAUUUUCUUCUAUGAAGGCAGAGGAAAGUGAUGAACUUGACAUGCUGGGUAUUGAAAUUGAUUCAGACUGGGAAAGGAUGAAAGGGUUGAAGAUUGAAGAAUUGAAGUCAAGAUAUGAGAGACAGAGAAAAUCAAUGUACUUAAGGAAGGACUCAAAUGAGAAAAAUCCAAAAGGCAGAAGAAAAAUCAGAGUUUACUCUCCUAGAACAGCCACUAAAAUUGAGAUCUGCAAAAUCAAAGCAUUGGAAGAUAUGAAGAAAGCCAAGUUAAAGAUGAAGAAGAAGAUAAGAGAGAGCACGGUAGAGGAUGAGACCGACUUGGAGAGCUUUGCAGUCGUGAAAUCUUCAUUCGACCCACAGCAAGACUUCCGAGACUCGAUGGUUGAGAUGAUCAUGGAGAGAAGGAUCAGUAAAGCAGAAGAGCUUGAAGAACUGUUGGCUUGUUAUCUCACAUUGAAUUCCGAUCAAUAUCAUGAUCUCAUCAUCAAGGUAUUUAGGCAAGUAUGGUUCGAUCUAAAUCAGGCUUCUUUAGAUUCUGAAUUACAUAAGCAAUUCCCUUGUAAUGAACAACUUGUUUAGCCAGUUACAGACAAAUGUAGAACUUUUAUCUGUUGAAAACAUCUUAGUUUAUAAACAU